AUGGCGCUCAGCAAGAUCGGAGAUGAAAAUCUCUAUCUCAGCGGGAUUAUGGCCCUGAGCAAUGAAAGCGCUCUUAAGAAAGCAAAUAUCACCCACAUUGUUUCUGUACUUCGUCUGAAUCCGGACGAGAGGCGCUUCGAGUCGUUUGAGCAUCUGCAAAUCCCUGUGGACGAUGUCAGUGAUGAAGACCUCUUGGAGUAUUUUCCAACUACGAAUGCUUUUAUCAAGUCAGGCCUAGAUGGUGGUGGCGGGGUGUUAAUUCAUUGUGCAAUGGGUAAAUCCCGAUCUGCAACUGUCUGUAUUGCAUACUUGAUUCACCGAGAACGAGGUGCAUUAACACCUUGGGGGGCCCUUGAGCUAAUUCGGCAAUCAAGACCUCUGUGCGAACCGAACGAUGGGUUUCAGAAGCAACUAGAACUCUAUCAUAAAAUGGGAUGUCCAGAAUGUGUCACUGACCAUCCCUUGUAUAAACGCUGGGUAUACGAGCGAGCGGUUGAAGAGAGUGUUGCAUGUGGCCGUGCUCCUGAGAUCGAGCUCGUGAGAUUUGAGGAUGAGCACGCAGACCGCGCAAAUAAUAACGAAGAACCUACAGAAAUAAAGUGCCGCAAGUGUCGGCGCAAGUUGGCGACUUUACCUUUUAUAAUCCCUCACGCUCAGAAAACUGACAAGCAGUUACCGCGAGGUCAUUCUAUCCCCGAGGGGCCAUGUGCUCAUAUAUUCUUACAUCCGCUAACGUGGAUGCGGCCCUCCCUCUUUCCAGAGCAAACCAAUUCGUCGCCAACACGUAACUCGGCCGACGAGCACAAAUAUACUCCAGAAGCACCACUUUCCGGGCGUCUCACAUGCCCUAAUUCCGCAUGCGGCGCGAAUGUCGGAAAAUUCGCAUGGCAAGGCAUGAAAUGCAGCUGUGGAAACUGGGUUGUGCCUGCAAUUGGCCUGGCACGGGCGCGAGUUGACGUUGUGGAUGGCAGUGUGAAACGGGGGACGGCGGACCCUGCUGCUGGGAUCAGGUUACCAGCUACGAUAGGGGAAGCGGGAGGAGGAGGAAUUCAAAUUGCCGCUAAUUCGGUUGGAGGGAGGGGUCUUCUAUGAAAUUUAUUCGUCUUCGUAUUCAACAAGGAAAUACCAGCAACUCCCUUCUUGUCUCAUGCCUUAACAAAACCACUGAGAAAAGGCUGAAUGGCAACUAAUAUCCUUGAUUGAUCCA